AUGGAAACCAGCGAGCUCUCGGCAUUGGAUGGCUGGUGUUCGUCACAGUUAAAGAUUGUACUUCUUGGGGGCAGAAACUCUGGGAAGAACUCUGUGGGGAACUUAAUCCUGGGCAAAGAGGAGUUUGUCACCAGAGAGAGGACCUCAUGCUCCCGGAGGCUGGGUGUGGUGGCCGGACGGUGGCUCACGGUGGUCGACACUCCAGGCUGGUGGUGCGACUUCAGCGCUCAGGACACAUCCGAGCUGGUGAAGAGGGAGAUCAUCAGCAGCGUGUCCCUGUGCUCACCAGGCCCACACGUCUUCCUGAUCACGGUCAAAGCCAGCUCGGCCUUCUCGGAGACGCGUCGCAGGGCCGUGGAGGAGCACGUGGCCCUGCUGGGCGAGAGGGUGUGGCGUCACUGCAUGGUGGUGUUCACCUAUGGAGACAGGUUCGAACACUCUGAAGCAGAAGAGUUUGUGGAAAGGGGAGGAAAGGCCCUCCGCUGGCUGAGUGACAAGUGCGGUCAGAGGUGUCACCGUGUUAUCUUGAGCGGCGGCGCUGAAGCCACGGAGCUGCUGGUGAAGAUACAGAAUCUUGUCACGGAAAAUGGAAGCAGAGUGUUUGAAAUGCAGGAAAACAUCUUACAGGCGACUGCAGAGGAGAAGAGGCGGGUGGAAGAGAGGGCUCAGCUCAGGUUUAUCAGGAUGAAACAGCAGAGAUCUCUGAUGCGAGAGAGGAUAAGGCCAGUUACUGACAUCCGGAUCGUGCUGCUUGGAGCAAAGGGUUCUGGGAAAACUUCCGCACUGAACACUAUCUUGGGCAGAGAAAGCAGCCAGCAAAGCAACAGAACAGCUCAGUGUGUGGUUGGAAAAGGAGUGGUGUUCGGGAGGCAGGUGACUGUGGUGGACACUCCAGGCUGGUGGAUGAACUACUUCUGCAACGAGACUCCCGUGUUCGAUCAAAGGGAGAUGGUGUGGGGUUUGUCUCUCUGCCCUCCGGGGCCUCACAUCUUCUUGCUGGUGAUCCGAGUGGACCGAGCCUUCACGGAAACCUACAGGAGGGCGGUGCGGGAGCACCUCGAGCUGAUCAGUGAGCGCAUCUGGAAUCGUGUCCUCCUGCUGUUCAGUUUCGGGGACUGGCUGGGAGGCACGACCAUAGAACAGCACAUAGAAAGCGAAGGAGAACCUCUGCGCUGGUUGGUCGAGAGAUGCGGCAACAGGUAUCACAUCCUGAACAGUAAAACCAAAGAAGGUGGGUUUCAGGUCCGAGAGCUGAUCGGAAAGAUUGAGGAGACAAUGAUGACUGGCUCCAGCAGUGGAUGGCAUUAUGAAAUAGAGAAGAGAGUGCUGGAACAGCUGGAGGGGUGGAUGAAACAAGAGAAAGAGAGAGCCAAAGAAAGGCUGAUGAGGAAGGAGCAGCAAAGGCAGAUGGCGAAGUCUCAGCUGGAGAAGCUCAACUCUCUACCAGAGAUGAGAAUAGUGCUCAUUGGUGGCUGGAAAACAGGCAAAAGCUCCUGUGGAAACACCAUCCUCAACAGAAAGAGCUUCGACACCAACAUCCAAACCACCUCCUGCAAUGAAAAACGAGGCGAAAUCGGUGGCAAGGUGGUGUCGGUGCUGGACACACCAGGCCGCCUCUCUGUGACCUCUGACCUCCUGACGACAUCCUGCGCGAUCCUUCUGGUGGUCAACAUUAGCGCCUCAUUCAAAGACACCCACAGGGAAGCUCUGGAGGAGCAGCUGGAGGCCGGAGGAGGCCGGCUGUGGAGGAAAACCGCGGUCCUGUUCAGCCACGGAGACUGGCUGGGCGACACCAGCAUCGAGCGGCGCAUCGAGAGCGAAGGGGCGCCGCUGCAGAGACUUGUGGAGAUGUGUGGGAACAGAUAUCAUGUUUUGGACAACAAGCACUGGGGGGAUGGAGCUCAGGUGAAGGAGCUGAUGGAGCUGACGGAGGAGAUGCUGGUGGGAGAAAGGCUGGAUGUUCUCCAAGGAGGUGACCACAUGUGGAAAAGUGUUUCCUCAGCACGAGAUGCACUGACUCUGUGUAAGAAGGACAUCAAGGAGCUCAUCAGGAGAAGACAUCAGCUGUCUCAUGACUUGCCUGAAUCAGCCGCUUCCACCCCAAACUGCUCAGAUGCUGCUCAGAUUGUGGCUUUACCAGCACACAGAGCCAGACGAAGGACUGGAUUCACCAUCGUGGACGUGUCCUACAUCGCCUCGGUGCUCUCUGGUGCACAGGGGCUGAGGUGGCCGGCUAUCAAUCUGCCUGUCCGGUUUUCUGCUCCUUACAGCCACUUGAGACUGAACAGUGAAAGCCUCAUGCAUCCCACACAACAAACAAUGCUUCUGGUUUCCUCUCAAGCACAGCCCAAGAUUCUUGCAGAGGAAGACAUCAUCAGUGUGCACUCCCUCAGCCAUCCUGCACUGAGAGAACGAACUCUCAGGAGGCUCUCAGAGUCCAGAGGGCUGCAGGCGCUCAUCGAUCAGUGGGGCAACAGCAGCCUGGAGGAGCUGGAGGCCUUCAUCGACUCCUACUUUGAGAUGGUGUGGGAGGAGACCAUGGAGUCAUGUCAGCCUGCCGAACCCGACUGUGUGACUGCAGGGCCGAACGCUGCUGUUGGGGAGGCUGCAGAGGAGGAGGAGAAGGAGGAGAAGGAGGUGCUUUCAUCCAUUGACAGGAAACUUUCAAAGCUGGAGCUCCUCGAGGAGAUCCGGAGUGAUCUGACGGAGCUGAAGCAGAGUCUGGAAAGCAGCUGGAGAGCCAUACAGGAGCUCGGAGACAAAAGCAAACAGGACCAAGACAAUACAUGUUGA